AUGGCUGACGAUUUCGAACUUUCAUUUGAAGAUCAAUUUGAGGAUCAUUCCGCUGUUGACUCGGACACUCCAUCUAGGUCUAACUCUAUUAAACUUAAAAAAGGCCAAGGAAAUACCGACAGCCAACGUAAAAAAGAAAAACGACGGUCAAAGGGGCAAAGUGAUAGCGAGGCGAGUACAGGUACUCAAGAAACGAUACCAACUGCCAUCGUCAUCAAAAACAUUCCAUUUUCCAUAAAAAGAGACGCGCUUCUAGCCAUCCUUAAUAAUCUCGAUAUUCCAAAACCUUACGCUUUCAACUACCACUUCGAUAAUGGUGUUUUUAGAGGGUUAGCAUUUGCCAACUAUCGUACACCAGAAGAAACCGAUCUCGUAGUAUCCGCAUUAAAUGGAUAUGAGGUCUCUGGUAGGAAACUCAGAGUUGAAUACAAACGUGUUCUACCUGCAGCAGAAAGAGAGGCAAAAGAAAGGGAAAAAGCCGAAAAACAAAAAGCUGAUAAUGGUGGCGUUAAUAUAAAAGGUGAAUCAGAUAAUACUAUCACUACUUCCAAUACUGCUACACGAGAAAUACAAAAAAGCGAUAAUAUCAAGAUUGAAAAACCAAAAGCAGAUAUCAGAAUUGAAAAUGGAACUCCUCAGUCCGAAAAGAAACUGGCGGAGUCAGACAAGAAGAGUCUUGAACCACAGCUUGAUCUUAAUGAUCCAGAAACCCUAAAAUUUUAUGACCAAGUUAUAAUCUUUCGUGAUGAUAAAUCCCGCGAGGAAUUGGUAUUUUCGAAAACGCUUACAACCGCCCAUCGUCAUACAGUACAUCUUAUUGCCCAGAAGCUUGGACUAUACCAUUACAGUGAAGGUGAAAAUGAUGAGAGAGUGCUAAAGAUUGUACGCAAACCAGCUUCAGCCGCCAUCAAUAUCAAGCAAACACCUUCGCGAAAUGGUUCGUAUGGCAGACGUGCUGCAACGCAAUUGCUUGCAAGCGCUGGAUUAUCCGAAAGUCCAUCUAAUAGAUCUACUAGAGGUGACGUUUCACCGCUUUCACGAUCGCCUUUCCGAAGAUCUUGGGUUCCCGAUGGCAUUCCUAUUGUUUUUCCUAUUCGACAACCUAGAGGUCCAGAUCCAGCGCAGAAUUUUACUUUUCGCCCGUCUCGCCUUAAUUCAUCGGCUAUUCCAUUCGGAGUGGUAGACGAUACGGACACCACGUCAGACUACUCCGAACAUCGAAAAUCCGACCUAUUUGAUGUGCAUCCACCUGCCUUUCAAUCUAUUGCAUCGUAG